AGAGAGAGAGAGAGAGAGAGGCCGAGUCGAUGAUGAUUUCUUGAGGAGAUUUAUCCACUGGGAUUGUUGAGGGCCUAGUGCUGUGGACUGGGGCGGGCUUCUGCAGGUGGAGGCUGCUCGGUUUCAUGGUCGAUGUUGCUGUGGCAGCAUUGUCGUAGCCUCGGGUCGGCUUGGCUUGCCGGCGUUGCGUUGUCUUAAUUUGGUAGCAGGAGUUGGAAGAGAAGGAAGAGAAGAGUGGAGUGAAGAAGCUCGGUGGCUUCUGUCGCGUACCUUCCGAGCCAGUCUGCGAUGCUCCGCGGGCGAGAGCUGCUCGAGUCUGAAUGCCGAUUGUAGCGGGUUGAGGAGUGAAGUGGCCAACCAAUGGCGACCUCCGAUGAGCCGCCUCCGGCAGGCUUAGCGGCAGGCUUGUCACGGGGCCCCUGGUCUCCUCCGACGUUCGAUGUGGUGCGACGCUCGCCCCCGUUCUGGGGCGGCACGCCUGCGCCUGCUGCUGCUCCUGCUCCUCCCCCGUCCUCCAAUUUCCUUGACCUAAAUGCCCCCUUCGAAGAAGAUCCGCAGCCCGCGAGCAGGCCCGACCUCGGAGGCCGAGGCCUGCCAAACUUCGUGGAUCAGCUCGGCUCGGGCCCGUCCGGGGGCCCCGUCGAGGUGAGCUUUCUGCACCCCGCCAAGGGCAACGAUGGCGACGGCCUGCGCUCUUUCCUGGACGCCACCGGCACCGCGAGGAAUAAUCAUGACGCCGACGGUGCCUCGGGCGCUCGAGAUCAAGACCCCGGAUUGGACACGGGUCCGUUCGUCGAUUAUUUGUCGCAGUUUUCCGGAAAGAAAGAAGCCGAUGCGCACGAGGCCGAGCCCCCGAAGCCCGAGACCGAGCGCACCGACUUUCCGGACGAGUUGUUGAGUCUUUCCUCUCUCUACCACAAGAAGCGCGGAGGAGGAGGUGGUGGUGGCGGUGGUGAUUCUGGAGGGCGGCAGCUGGCCGAUGGAGCAGCGUUGUUCCUAGCCUCCGGCAAGGGCCAAGAAGUGCCCGGCGCCGGGUUGCGCCAAGCGGAGCAGCAAAUCCGCCACGCGAAGGAGUCCAGAGCGGGGCUUCUGGGAAAUUUUGGCAGCAAUAGAUUGGAUGAUCUCGAGCAUUUCAGAGAAGUAGAGAAGGUGUCGCACGUCGUAGAAGGACAGCAAGCGGGCCUGUCGAUAGAAGAAAGGUCGUUGUUCCCGAGGAACGCUGUUAAUAGUGAUUCUUUCUUCCAAAUGCCCAACAUUGUCCGCGAGGAGAGGAUGUCGAACAUGGUCAGGGAGGAGCGAGUGCUGCUGCCCAUGAACGUGUCGGCCCGAGAAACUCUGGAUUUGUCCAACAACCUCGCGUUCAAGGAGGAGAAGGCCGCGAUGUCGCGCCACGGCCGUGCGGCCGUGGAGUCUUCCAAGGAGGGCAUGUCGCUCUCGCUCAAGCGCUCGUACGAGGACAUGGACGCCGCCGAGGAGUACAACCGGCGGAGAGAGGAGGAGGUGGUGCAGGCCGCGCUCUAUGGCCGCCAGCCCGAGGGCCGCGAUGUGGAGGAGAACUCGGAUGUGUCGGAGGUGUCGCACCUGAAGAGGAGGCGAGAGCGAGCCGGGGGCGAGGAGCAGAGGUUCCAGCACGACCUAAAGAGGGUCCAAAACGACCAAAGUGCUGCUGCUGCUGCCGCUGCCGCCGACGACAAGAGCAUCGUCUGGCCUCCCGUGGUCAUCAUCGAGAACACGAGGCUCGGGUGGGACGACGAGCGCAAGCAGUGGAAGGGCCUGGGCCACGACGACAUUCGCAAGUCGCUCAAGAACGUGGAGAACCUCGAGUACGCCAAGGUGAAAUGCCUGUUCGACAUGAACGGCCAGAAGAGCAGCGCGCUGGUGAUUUUCCCCAACACCUUCGAGGGCUAUUUCGAGGCCGAAGCCCUCAACGAUCAGCUCGAGCGCAGCGGCAAAGGCCGAGAUCAGUGGAUGCGGGUGCGGCCUCAAGAUCUGUACCCGAGGACCAUGCGCGGAUGGAACACCCCGGACCUCGUCUCCCCCGACGGCAAGCGGAUACUCUACGGCUACCUCGCCAUGCCCGAGGACAUCCAACGAGCUGAUCCUCACAAAAGCAGCCUCAAGUGGUUCGUCGAGAGCUUCAACGAGAAGGUUCGGAAACCGGCCCAGCAACGUCAUCAGGAUAAGAAACUACAGAGAGCUACUUACUUGAAGCUCGAGGAAGAAGCACGACUGCAUAAAGAAAGACUUGAGUCUGACAAGAACGAAGUUCACGAGUUGAUGCUGCAAGUAAAAGAGCGAACGUCGAAGCUUGAAAUAGACAAGGAGCGUGUACAGUUAGAGCAGCAAAUACGUGAUCAAGAUCUACAACGCAGGAGGAUUAGGUAUGAGCAAGAGAAAAGAAGCCGGAAAGAACAAUUUUACCAACGAGAGGAAGAGAUUAGGAAGCGGUUAGAGGAGUAUAAGCAAGCCCUGCAACGUGAAAGGCAACAGAAGGCUGAAGAGGCUGCCACGUAUCGACAUGGGAUUAAUGAGGCUAUCAGGCAGCACGAAGCUAAACUUGCCGAAGAGCGUCAGCUGGAAGCCAUGGAGGAAAUGAAGCUGGAAGCUCAGUUACGAGCGGAGAUGGAGAUGAAGCUUUUUGAGCUGGAGCAGAAAAGACAAGUCAACGAGAAGGAAAUGCAAAGCCGGCAGCAAGAGCAGCUGAAAAAGCUGAAGAUGGAGAGUUUGAAAGAGAAAGAGGAGCUCCUCAAGCAGACAAUUAAUCAGCAAGAGCUUCUCAUGAAAGAAAUGGGGGACGCUGUUAAAGAGACCCAAUCGCUUAAACAGAAGCUUGAAGAAAUUGCAAAGGAGGAAUAUCACGGCUUGGAAUGUGUCGUUUGUCUGGAGGAGUUUGGGCAGGAACCUGAACGCCAGCGGGCCCACUACAAAGACUGCGAUCAUGCAAAUGUUUGCAUCGGUUGUGCGAAGGACAUGUGGAAAUCCAAUAAGCGCAAGUGUCCAUAUUGUAACACCCCUGCAAAGCACAUGCCUGCCAAGCUGCCCCCUAAAAUCUACAUGUAAAACGUUCUCGUCAUUUUGGAUACCAGAUGAGCGGCAUGAGUGCCCCUGAAGCUCGGUGAAGGGAAGUCGAUGCCACCCUUUCUGCCUUUUAUAAAUGAAUCUACCAGUUGUUACUCGAUUUCAAGGGCUAUUCUGUAUGGAUUUGUUGAAGGACGGUUCUCGAACGAAAGGUUCGUGGUUGUAUCGAUCGAUCAACACGAUCGAUCGGUGCCCACAAGGAUUAAUACGAAGGUUCGAGUCAGAAAGACUCGAACUACUUGUGGCCUUUGAGCAGAGCUUCUGCAUGAUAUAUCAAGCAUCCCCUCUAAGAAGAUGCAUCUACUCAACAUUUCCAGAUUGUCAAGAAGGCCACAGCACGCAUCAAGUUUGUCUAGAAGCCAGGCAAACAACAUAAGCAAGGUUGCAUAUUGUUCUGCAUUAUACUGUACGGAAUCCGAAAGACGCAAGAUCGAUUACUCGUGCUGACAGUUACUUCUCAUAACAAUUUGCCAGUUUACUUGGACGGUCGCGGGGACGGGAGGUUGUCAGGUUGCUGGUAACAUAUAUGAAACGUAAAUUACACCAAUUUAUAAUCGGAGCUGCUAGUCACCAUUCAUUUUUCUCUAUUCACCAUUCAUCCCCAAUUUUAAAGAACCCCUGUGUACUUUUUUCGCGUUCCGAUUGGGUUUUCGGUUACCGCUGUUGGGUGGGGUCCGGCGUAAUUUUCUAAGAGUGUAGAGAUUGCGGGAUUUGCUCAAAAUCAACAGUUCGGCCUGGGUGGAAAGUCCUUGACCGAAGGGCAGAAAAGUUUUCUAAUUUACGGUACCUUUGCUUUCUUCUUUACACUUUUCCUUGCAGGCUAUCUGCUCCAAUAGUAGUCGAAAUUGUACAUUCAUUUG